CGCCUUGAGGGAAUGUUUUCAUAUUUGGUAGAUACAUUCACUUGUGGAUGACCUGAUUAGAUCUUGGUGGUCAAAGGAGAAGGACACAGAGGCCUUGCAAAAAAUGUGUUGGUCAAAAAAAGCUUUGACCAGUUGUCACUUGGACUCGGAAGAUUAACUUAUCAGAUUUCAGUGGUCAAAGUUCACUGUGACCUCAUGUGAAUCUGAAAAAAAAUAAAUAUUGACAGAAACUGCACUAGAUGUCAGAGGCCAACAACGUGCAGUAUUUCUAGUUCAACAAUUUUCUUUUAACAAACAAAUCAAUUGGCCCUGAUUUUCCUCCAUUCUUUUUGGGCACAACUUUUUCUUCUACUUUUCUUUCACAUUAACCACUCUCUAAUAUUGUGUCAUUUUGCCCUCACCAACUGCCGGAAUAUACACAGAGAAAGUGACAAAAAAAUAUAGGGCAACACAAACUUGACAAGACGAGACACAUGCAACUAAUGAUGGCAGGGAAAGUAAUAAAUGAAGAAGGGAAACCAGACUGAGACAGGAAAUGAAGUGCGGUGAAAUGAGAAUAAAGUCAAGUAAAAAUAUAAAACAGGAAGUAUGCAAAACUGGAAAAAAAAAACUAACUCAAGCAGAGACAUGAAUCCAAGAACCAAACACAAGGACGACAACAUGGAUAAAGUCUAUAAACACAACAAGAAGUCCAACAAAAAAAGCCACAAAGGAGUAAAUCUAAAGUCCACAACAACACCAAGACACAGUUGUUGCUUUUCAGUUUAGAGACCCAGCAAUGCCAAUGAAAGGAAAUAUCACUCCUUCCACUUACAAACACAGAGGAGCAGACUACCCUGCUCUAGCUGCUCCCAGGCUUUAAGUACAUGCAAACCAAGCAACAGUCGCCUGGCAACACAUUAACACAAAUGUCCAAUUGCUGGUGAAGUGAGUCCAGGCCACAACAGCAAAGUGAAGGUUGAAGUUACUGCAAACUCUAACAGCAGAAUGGCAGCAGGAAAGAAAAAAAGACAGUCUAAAAAAGGUAAAUCAGUCACCUUGAAAAUGGCUCAGCAAGGCCAGGAGAUGAUUCUGAGCGACAAAUGGCGCCUGAACCUUAGUUUCAAGGGGAUCACCAGGGUGCCAAAGGAAAUCCUGAAGGUGUAUGGUAGGGACGAGGUGAACCUGAGCAGGAACCUGAUCAGAAAGCUUCCAGAUUUAUCUGGCAUGCCAAACAUCACCGUCUUGGAUCUGCACAGCAACAAUCUGGAGCAGCUCCCUGUGACGAUCUGCCACCUCGAGAACCUGGAGGUUUUGAACCUGUGUAACAACCGUCUGACGGAGCUCCCCAGUGAACUUGGCCUGCUAAAGAAGCUCCGCACUCUGCACCUGGGUCUGAACCAGCUGACGGCUCUUCCCACUUCCUUCGGAGAGUUGAAGGAGCUUCGCCACAUUGGCCUCUCUGACAACCAGUUCACCGGCGUACCCCGCUGUCUCUCGAGGCUGAAAAAACUGGAGAAGAUCAACCUGGAGAGGAACCCCAUCCCCCCUGAGCCAACGCAGAGCCAGGAGUACACGGCAGAGAGGCUUUGCCUGGUUAGAAAUAUCUUCCUGUGUGAGGACUGUGUGAAUAAUUGCCGAACUGAGAGGAAAAAGAUGGAUGAUGCAGCAGAUACGUAGCCAGGAAUGGGCCUGGACGCCCCUGGCCCACCCACAUUACUCAUAUAAAUAUUUGGGGGGAAAUUAUGCUGUAUCUAAUUAUCAGAUGUAUAUAUAAUGUUAGUGUUGGAUUGUCAUAUUAAAUGUGGUGAUAGUUGAAAAAAAUUGGCUAAAUGCAUGUAAAGCUGCUUUCAGACAUGCACUGGACUCCUCCAUAUUUUCUUCCAGAGGAGGUGCAUGUGUUAACGCAAAUGUCUGAGUGAGACACUCUCAUGAAGAACUUAUGGCAAAAAAGACUUUUAUCCAACAUCAAAGAUAGCAGAUAAGGCUUAUUCUGGUUCUGUGGAGGGGAUUUAUUCAUCAUGAAUUAUGUUUGUAUACUGUUACGUACAUACUUACUAACUUAUAUACUUUAACAGAAAAAUCCUCUAAACCUCAGAGCCGCUCCACAGCUAUCACAGUAAAUGCCCAAUCAAUUUCACACUCGAAAAACAACAUUUAAGUAGUGAUAAAUUCCACCAAGUUACAUUUGAAUUUCAGUAAAUAUGUGUAUAGUGUUAUUCAAUAUGUUGUAGGCACCAACUAUGUAAAAAUAAUAACUAAGG